AUGCUUCGACUAUCCCAAGGAAGCGCCUCUCUCCUCGCACUCGUGACUGGAUCGGGCCUCGGGCUCUAUGCCUACUCACAACACCUCUUCAGGCUGUACCCCUCUCCUCCCAUCGGUCUACAUGACAGUCUCGUCGCCCGAGUGUCGCCCACAACCCUCCCCGAAUACACCUCUGCCUUUUACAAAGCAUGGACCCUCCGUCUUGAAGGCUUGGGUGCCCGGCUGGCUGGUUAUCCGGUACCACCCGACUCGUUUGCCGAUGGCAUCUUCGUGGUCUAG